GGCAACACUUGCUCGUAUCCAUUAGUCUCCGCCACGUUCCUCGUAUCCACCAUUCCACCUCUUGCGCCUUUCGUUUUCCGGCUUCCCUCUCAAAACCUCUCCUCGCUCCUCGCCGCGACGUGCAUCCUCCGUAGACCGUACCCAACGCGAUGGAGGUCAUGUCACCGCGGCCGCCGCAGGAGUUCCUGCUCGACAACGCGGCCGCCGGCGCCUACACCCCAAAGUCCGCGAUCAUGAACCCGUUCGCCUCCACCGACGACGUGGCGGCGGGCAACCCCUUCUUGGCCACCACGGCGGUGACGGCGCCCCCGUCGCCCAACCCGUUCCAGCAACUCCCUCCCGGGGCCUCCGACGCCGACCCCUUCGACCUCUUCCAGCACUUCACCAGCGCUCCCACCAGUCCGGCGCGCGCCGCCGCCAUAUUCGCGCAGUUCGACAGCGUCAACGGCGGCGGCGACAAGGACGACGACGACGACGGGGGGUUCCAGCCCCGCGUGUCGUACUCGAUGUCUAAGCCAAUGGUCACCUCCACCGUGCCAUUCGACUGGGAAGAGAAGCCAGGGAAGCCCAAGGCCGAGUUCGCCGCGACGGUGGAAGCGGGCGAGAUGGACAACGACGCGGACUUCGACUUCGGCGUCCUCCUCGACAAGGCCUCCGCGCAGGCGCAAGAGCUGACGACGGCCGACGAGCUCUUCGACGAGGGCAAGAUCCGACCUCUCAAGCCUCCGCCGCGUUUACUCGAAAGCGGCAGCGUGGGGUCCUCGCCACGAUCGGCGAGGUCCGUGAUGUGGUCUCCCCGGCUACGGGGCCGCCUGACCGGGCCUGGCAGUGCCAAUGCCAGCUUCGACCCUUUCGCCGCCGCGCUGACCAAGGCGGCCAAUGCCCCCUCCCCUCCUGGCGCCGGCGGCAAACACGACGCGGGCGGCGUCGACUCAGCCUCUUCUCGCAUGGUUCCCGGCGCUGCCACGCCCCCGCCCUCCACUCCUCCGGUCACCAGCAAUGGCGGCGGCAGCAGGAAGUGGCGGCUCAGAGACCUGCUCCUCUUCCGGAGGGCACCCAAAGGACGGACCGCCGGCAACAUUAGCAAGGACCCGGUGUUCAAGUACGCGCCGGUGCAAGUGCAACAGCCGGUGAAGACGGCGAGCGCAGGAACAGGACCCGCGGCUGCCAAAGGCGACGCCUCGGCCAGCAAGCACAAGAAGCAGAGCAAGAAGGCGGCGGCGGCGGCAGAGGGCGGCAUGCCGAUGCCGCAGCGGCAGAACCUAAUGGGUUGCGUCCGGCUGCACCCAGGCCUUCACCGGCUCACCAAAGGGUUCCACGGCCACUCGGCGCACCUCGGCGGCCGCGGCGCCGCCAGAUCGACGACAUGAAUGAAAGGUGUUCUGUUUGGCCUUCGGUUUACUCUCUGCCGGGAUGUAUUAAACGACAAUGAUAGAAGAGAUUAUGCAAUACUACUACAACUGUCGCUUGGAUUGCUUGAGACGUGCUCCAUUGUAUGUACUAUGGAGAACACCAGCGCCGGCAGCGAGAGCCGUGACCGUGAGCGAGACUGGUGCAGAAAUCGCCGGGCGGAGGUGAGCUCGUCGCGUCGGCAAUGGUGGUGGUGGCCCCGUCCGCCACUCCACGACAUAAUUGUUGUUAGGUGACUCGAUCCACGACGUGGUCUGAACACGCGGAGACGCCAACCGGUUGUUCUUACCGACAGUAGUCGAGCAAAUUGGUGUCGUGCAAUGAAUCAGGAAUCUAAUCUAAUUAAUCUGAUAUAGGUAACUUUCCUUGGGUAAACAUCGCUGUAAAGUCAAUUCGAUCAUUAGUGUUAUUCGCUGAUAAAUUAUGUUGUGAUCUUUGGUUACCUUCAAGCCGAGCACAAUAUAAUCCAUACGACACUUGUUGUUGAGGAAAGUACG